AAUUCGGUUAAGUUUAUUAGUUGCCAUUUUCCGAAGUCCGAAAAAAUGUCGUCUGUAUACACUUCGCAAAAAGGAUGCGACGAUACAGGAGAUGGCACGGAAGAAAAGCCCUUUAAAACUGUCGUGAAAGCUUUGCUCUCCAUCGAUGGCGAUGAAAGCACGACUAUUCUAGUUGACAACACGGGGGAAGAUAGCUCAACUAAGCCAUUUAUUGAAAUUUCUAAUUCUCAAAAAAAGAAGCAAGUUAAAUUAUACCAGGCCGAGUUAAGAAAGGGAAAAGCUAGAGAGGUAAAGGAAGCAGAAGAUGCCGUAAAACGCGAAGAGGUCCUGCAGGAAGCAAGCAAGAUCUCAAUUUCCGAGGAUGCCUCAUUAGAACCCGCAAAAGAGAUUAAACUCCGCGACUGUGUCAACCACAGAGAGAAGAGAAUAAAGGCAUACGGAUGGGUGCACAACCUCAGAAGGCAGGGGAAAAACAUGAUGUUUAUUGUGCUGAGAGACGGAACAGGAUAUCUUCAAUGCGUUCUAUCUGAAAAACUAUGUCAAACUGUUGACGCUAUUCAACUUCAAACUGAGGCUACGGUUUUGGUUUAUGGUGUUAUAACAGAGGUUCCGGAAGGCCAACAUGCACCUGGUGGACACGAGUUGAUCUGCGACUUCUGGAAAGUUGUCGGCCAUGCUCCCAGUGGAGGAAUUGAAAGUGUCGUGACUGAGAAGAGCGACGUUGACCUUCAGCUGAGACAGAAGCAUUUAGUUAUCAGGUGGGACGAACACAGUAAAGCUCUGAAACUGCGAUCGGCAAUUACGUUCUGCUUCCGCCAACAUUACUUUGAUAAAGGAUAUGUGGAAGUCACGCCACCGACUAUGGUCAAAACUCAAUGUGAGGGUGGGUCAACGCUGUUCAGUUUUGACUAUUUCGGCGAGCAGGCCUACUUAACACAGUCCUCUCAGCUUUACCUGGAGACAGUAUUACCUUCUAUUGGCGAUACAUUCUGUAUGGCACAGUCUUACAGAGCUGAGAAAGCGAAAACUAGAAGGCAUUUGUCAGAGUUCACACAUGUUGAGGCCGAAUGCCCUUUCAUAACCUUUGAUCAAUUGCUAGAGCGGCUGGAAGAUCUAGUCUGCAAUGUCUGCGAACGGAUUUUGGCGUCAUCGUUCAAAGAUAUGCUUCUGGAAGUAAACCCGGACUUCAAAGUGCCGAAGAGACCAUUCAAGAGGAUGCUGUAUACUGAAGCAAUCCAGUGGCUAAAAGACCACGAUAUCAAGAACGAAGAAACAGGUCAAUAUUACGAGUUUGGAGAGGAUAUCCCUGAAGCGCCUGAAAGGAAAAUGACCGACGCAAUAAAUGAACCGAUCUUCCUGUGCAAGUUUCCAGCUGGAAUCAAAGCCUUCUACAUGUUGAGAUCUGCCGAUGAUGACCGAUUGACUGAUAGUGUUGACCUCUUGAUGCCUAACGUUGGUGAGAUCAUUGGGGCGUCAAUGCGCGAAUACAGACUGGAUGUGCUUAUGGAGGGCUAUAAAAGAGAAGAGAUUGACCCCUCGCCAUACUACUGGUACACCGAUCAGCGAAAGUUUGGAACCUCUAAAAGCGGAGGCUAUGGGUUGGGUCUAGAACGUUUCUUGACUUGGAUGUUGAACAAACCCCACAUCAGAGAUGUGUGUCUGUAUCCUCGAUUCAGAGAAAGAAUCGACCCAUAAGAGUGAGGUCUAUCAAGAAAAUAGCCUGAGAAGCAUGAGCUAAUAUCGAAUAAUUGUUGUCUUAUUGAUUGUAAAGAUAUAUACUGACGCUUUGAAUUGAUACAGGUGAUGUUACGCUAAACGAUUGAUGAUUUGAUUUAUAAAUAUAACUGUUAAAUUGAAAAAAAAAAAAAAUAUUGCGCACGCUGA